AUGGCGGUGGUGUCAAUGGCGAAACCCUCGUUUCUACGAGCCGAACAAGCUUCAGCUUCUGAUAUCUCCGCCGCAACCUCUCCAGGAUCCUCCUCCUCUCGUCGGCGUGACAUCGUGUUUAUCGUCAAUCCUCAAGGUGCUAAUGGUCGGACGGGGAGAGAAUGGAAGAAGCUGCUGCCGUAUCUUAGGUCUCGCCUUGGAAGCGAUUGUAAUAUAUGCGAAUCUUUGACUUCGGGUCCAUCACAUGCGAUAGAUAUAACAAGGGAGGCAAUACGUGAGGGUGCUGAUGCAGUUGUGGCAGUUGGAGGUGAUGGGACUCUUCACGAGGUUGUUAAUGGAUUCUUUUGGGGUGGAAAACCAGUUACUAAACAUGAUUCGAAAGCUCCACGUACAACGUCUCUUGGAUUAAUCCCAUUGGGAACUGGAUCUGAUUUUGCAAGAACAUUUGGCUGGACAAAUGAUCCUGUUGAUGCCAUUGAACGCAUAGUUAAAGGGUCAAGAUCACGAAUUGAUGUAGGAGUAAUCUCUAAAGAAGGUGGAGAUUUGCAUUACUUCAUAAAUGUUGCUGAUAUUCAUUUGAGUGCAAAAGCAGGGUUUCAUGCAUCUAAAUACAAAAGAUUUGGGAGUUUGUGUUAUGUAAUCGGUGCAUUGCAAGCCUUUUUUGGACAUCACAAUCAAGACCUAAAGAUCAAAGUGAAUGAUGGGGAGUGGGAAGUGUAUCCAAAGGUAACGGCUCUAUGCAUUGGAAAUGCACAAUUCUUUGGUGGUGGAAUGAGGAUCACUCCCAAUGCUCAUCCUUCAAAUGGAAAUUUCGAGGUGGUGAUACUUCAGGAUUUCAAAUGGUAUGACUUUCUUAUGAAGUUACAUAAGCUAUACAACGGGACACAUUUAUCAGUCAAUAAUGUCUUGUCAAGAAGUGCUUUUUCGAUCGAAGUAGAGGAGGUGGAGGGAACAAACAAUAUUUACGUGCAAUCCGAUGGGGAACAUUUAGGAUUUCUUCCACGGAACUUUUCGAUUCUGCCAGGUGUCAUAAACAUGAUUUGUUGAGGAUUAUGCAGUUGUAUCAUUUUUGCCAUGGGUGAGUUUGAAAAUGUUGGAACUAAAUGUAAACAAUCAAAUUUUAUAUAUUAACAAAUUAUUCUCCAAAAGUGUAAAAAUGACCCUUGGUUUUUAGUGG